AUGUCUCAUCUUCCCAAGUUACAAAAUGUUGUUGUCGUCGGCGGUUCGCUGGCUGGACUGAUGCAUGCCUUGGCUGUUAUCGUCCACUGUCCUUCAGCCAAGGUCACCAUCUUGGAAAGAUCGCCAACCGCUCUUCUACACAACCAAGGCGCCGGUGUAGUCGCAGGCUCUGACACACAAUCUUUCUUCUCCCGCUACGUAUGUCCUGGGCAGGACUUUGCCGUCUUGAGCAAGCAGAGACAAUACCUUGAUCGCAAGGGCGAGGUUAUUCAAGGAAGCACUGAGAAACGAGAGCAAAGAAUGACAAGCUGGGACACCCUCUACCGUUUCCUUAGAUGGAGGGUAGACGAUAUGGAUAUCAAGGACUAUAUCUCGAACUCGGACCUCAAAAAACUGGAAGCCAGGCUCUCUGGCGUCGGUCAUGGAAGAGCAGAUUAUCAGUACGGCUGUAACGUUAAAUCUGUGGAAGACCUAGGAUCCUCAGAGGGUGUACGCGUACGUUGGUUGAACAAGUCUGAGAAAGAGGAAGAGAUGACUGCAGAUCUGGUGAUAGCCGCCGAUGGAGCGAGCUCAUCAGUACGCAAAACAUUACUCCCAUCCGUCGAACGAACAUAUGCUGGUUAUGUCGCCCUUCGAGGCACGGUCCCUGAAGGCGAUAUCUCAGAAUCUGCUGCGAGAGCUUUUGUCGAGAAAUUCGCAUUUUAUCACGCUGAUGGCACCCAAAUUCUGGCCUAUGUGAUCCCAGGAGAGAACGGCACACUGGAGCCUGGCAAAAGGCUGAUGAACUGGGUCUGGUACAGGAAUUACAAGGAAGGCAGUGAUGAGUUGGUAGACCUGAUGACAGGAAAAGACCGCUCACGUCAUCACAUCACCCUGCCUCCUGAUCAGAUGAAGGUCGAGGUCUGGGCAAAUCAGAAGCAAGCUGCUAAGGACAUUCUGCCACCUCAGUUCGCUGAGCUAGUCAACAAAACUGAACAUCCAUUUGUUCAAGCUAUUACCGACAACAUUUCACCGAAAAAUUCGUUCUUUGGUGGAAAGCUACUAUUGGUUGGAGAUGGUUUGGCUGGAUUUCGUCCUCACACGGCUGCAUCGACUAGCCAGGCUGCUUUUGACGCAUCGACCCUGGGGGAGUGGCUCGAAGGCAAGAUCAAUAGAGAUCAGUACAGUGAUAGGGUUCUGAGGUAUGCUGCAGAAACCCAGAGGCAUGGCGUCGAGCUCGGUGAGAGGAGUCAAUUCGGCAGACAUCCUNNCUUGCUUGUUAGCUGCCGGGACAAUGUUCCUUACUGA